AUGUCGAAAGAGCUGUCCGCCGUCUUCGGCACAAGCUUGACCCUUAUCGGCCAAUUCCAAACAGCUCUCACCACGCCCCCACCCGCCGCACCCGAAGCCGCAAAAGAUGCCGAAGCUUUGCCCCUCCUGACGGCCUCGUCGACCGCGCUCAAAGCCCAUACCACGAAACUCUCCCUGCUGGCUAUUAGCUCGCCAUUCACGCAUUCCGCAGUCGGCACCGUGCUCCGCGAGCUCAAUGAAUCCGUGCUGCCGUCGCUCGUCACCGGCGCACUACUUGUUACACCGGCGCAAUACACGAAGGCGUUUCACUCCGAGGUCUUAGUCCUCGCCAAGACCGCUCUGACGGAACUGUCUGCGCUCAUUCAGGAGGUCAAGCGUGUUGGGGACAAGAAAGAUCAGGAGAAGAAGGAUACCGGCAAGGAGAGCAAUGUGACGAAAUCCGAGAAGGAUGCUGUUAUGCUCGCUACCGGCCGUGUCUGGGAUGCUUGUGAUAGCGCCACCGAUGUCGCGAACAAGGGCGUUGUUGGAUUCGUUAUGCGCCGCGUUGAGCAGUGGAGGGAUCUGGUUCGUGAUGCGGUCGAGGAAAUCGAGGAUUGGGAUCCUGAAGAAGAGGGCGAUGAAUUCUUCGAUGAACUUCUUGAUGAUGAUGAUAAGGUUGCAAACGAUGAUGACUCGGAAGAUGACGAAGAUGACAAAGAAGAGACUGCUGCUCUUCAUGAACACAAGAAAUCCGCCAUUCGGUUCCUCAAGCCCAUCGCUCAAGUCUACCCGGCCAUCAUCAACAGCCGACUUAAGAACGCUGGGAAUGCGCCUUUGGCCUCUUCAUCUGGUGUCAAGAGGUUGGAGUCGUUGAUGCUGAACCUGCAAGCUAUCCCGGAUGAUGUCGAUGAGGCAGCUGGCGCAUUGUACGAGGCCAAUUUUGAAACAUCCGCUCAGUAUCUGCGAAAGACGAAGAAAAGCGCAACAGAGGCGGUGGAAUUGGUCGCGGCGCCCUGGGAGGUUGUGGAUUCCAAGGACGAUGCACCAGCAGACAAGUUUGCUACGUGGUCGAAGACUUGGCUCAAGGUGAUUGACGAAGUCAGCAAGCCAAUUGAGAAAAACUGA